UAUGGCCUACUGCAUAUUGUUGGCCAAGAAAAUCAACUUAUCAUUUCAGCAUAUUUGCACACAGAGUUGAAACGGAAUAAACAGAGUAUAGUGGGCUUCUGUGCAUAAAUCUAUUAGACAUGGUCAUAAAAUAAACAUGGGUUGUCUAACAACCAGACCCUGGCGUCGAUCUUCUGUUCACAGACCGGAGGACCCCGUCUUGAUGUCUGAUGAAUCAUCAGGAAAUCACAUGCGCAUGGCAGUGGCCUUGUGUAACUUUCCACCCCACAGGUCUGAUGAACACACUAUAUUUUUGGGAGACAGACUGAACAUUAUGUCAGAAGAUGAUGACAUGUUGAUGGUUUAUUCUACAACAACUGGCACAGAGUUUUUCAUUCCUCACACCUACGUUUCCAAAGUGCAUAAUCGGUGGCUGUUUGAAGGGAUCACAAGGAGAAAUGCAGAACAACUUCUUAUGCUGCCUCCAAACUACUCUGGAUGUUUUCUAAUUCGGGAAAGCCAGUCAUGCCCUGGUUCCUACUCACUUUCCAUGCGACAAGAUAGAGGCCAUGUGCACAAUGUAAAGCACUACAGAAUCCAUCAGCUCCACAACGGCUGGUUCUACAUCCACCAGAGCCACUGCUUCUCCACUCUCACACAGUUGGUGGACUAUUACUCACGGUCUUCUAAUGGUACAUACUGUCAGCUGACUGAACCUUGCUUACUUCAUGACUCCAACAGAGCUAUAGUGCAUAGACCCUCACCAAUAUCAAUCCAGAGGUCCAAUCUUAACUGGAGAGAUUUGUCCAGGUCAGUGAUUCAAAGGCAGGUAAAGGGAACCGACCAGGAGAGUCUGGUCAGUGAAGGACUAAGAGAGACUAUGAAAGCAUAUUUUUAUGUCACAGAGGAGUCGAAUUGGACUGAGUGACAUCCAACACAGGACAGACUUGUAAGACUCUGAUGAAGUUAAGUUAAAGAUGUUUUGGGUAUUUGG